CGGACGAGAGCGUCUCAGUGUCCUACUGUAAAUCUUAUCUACUCGAGCCAUGGCGGCCAGAAAACUACAGAGUGAAAUUGACCGGACACUGAAGAAGGUGUCCGAGGGUGUCGAGCUCUUUGAGAGCAUAUACGACAAGAUGCAGGCCUCCACGAACCAGACACAGAAGGAGAAGCUUGAGACCGACCUCAAGACUCAGAUCAAGAAACUUCAGCGUCUUCGAGAUCAGAUUAAGACAUGGGUUGCGAGCAAUGACAUCAAGGACAAGUCAGCUUUGCUUGACAAUAGGAGACUCAUAGAGACUCAAAUGGAGAAGUUUAAGGCCUGUGAGAAAGAAAUGAAGACCAAGGCUUUCUCGAAAGAAGGCUUAAUCCAGUCUGCUCGGCUCGAUCCUAAAGCCCAGGAAAAACUAGAAGCCACGACGUGGUUACAAGGCAGGGUUGAGGAGCUAUUGCUACAAGUUGAGCAAGCAGAAGCAGAGAUCGAGAGUCUCCAGGGUACGGGAAAGAAGAAAGGGAAAGGCGCGUCCUCGACUGCCGGCAGAUUGGACGAACUGGAACAGUUGAACAAUCGGAGGAAGUGGCACGUUGGUCGUCUCGAACUCAUACUUCGCCUUUUGGACAACGGGUCGCUAGCUGUUGAGAAGGUAUCGGAUCUCAAAGAAGACGUUUUAUACUUUGUUGAGAGCAAUGGGGAAGAAGAGUUUGAAGAAGACGAAGGGAUAUACGAUGAGCUCAAUCUUGAGGAAGAAGAGGAGAAGUUCGGACUCGCUAACGACGAUGAAGACAACAACAGCGAGCAAUCCGAUGACGCAAGUGAAGAUGCCCCUCAUAGGACACCAUCAAAGAAGCACGAUAAAGACGAGGAAAGCGUUUCAAGCAGUAAACGGGAUGACAGUCCCAUACUCAAGAAAGCGGGAGCUAGUUUACAGUUACGCAAAUCGUCAACAUCUACAGAACCGGUCAGACCUCCUCCAAAUCCAAAUUUUGCGCAACAGCCCAUGUCCAGCAUACUCAAGGCAGGGUUGCCGCCAGCGCCACGCCCGCCAGCAACGUUGCCACCUAUACGUUAUGCUGCUGCCGCUGCCGCUGCGGUGACGCCGGGAGGAGCAUCUUCAAAUCAAAUGCCACCAACUCCUACUGCUCCGUCAAUAACACCACUGGUUUCUCAAGCAGUCUUACAGGACCAACAGGCACCAUCACCUAGCCUCACUCAUCCAUCCGUUACGAGCCCCAUGCUCUCUUCAGCUUCGGCCUCUCACCACCAAGAUGGAUCGUUCUAUUCUGGGCAAGACUCACCUGCAUUAUCAGAGGCCCAGCCCAGCUCUUCAGGUGGGCCAGCCGCAUCGUCAUCGCAAAAUGACGUGGCUGCGUCGCCUUCACUCCCAAGGUCCUUGUCUCCUGACGCGCUAGCAACAACUGAUUUGCAGUCAGUGGUGCCAGUACAGACGAACGGUACAUCCCAGCUGUCUCAAAUUGCGCCACAACAAGCAAGUACACCAUCGUCACUGCCUCAACAAGUGCAAUCGGCGCCCGGAGCGAAUCUUCCGAACUCACCCCUCCCUGCAAUGUCACAGCAACCCCAAUAUCCCCCUGGGAUGAAACUUGCGCAAGCGGAGCAGGGUGUAGUACCUCAGGCGGCUUCGCAAAGGCCUCCAUCCACUCCUGCUCAGACACCAGGUCAAGGUCAGAGGCUGCCCUCGAGCGCAUUCCCUGGAUCGUUAUCCGACCUUGUGGCUUCAUUUGAAACAGUGAAACAGAAAGCCUCGCAUCGUAUGACCAACCUGGGCGACGUUCACAAGCUCUUGGAAGGAGGGUAUUCCAGCGUCCCACAACCUCAUGAUACAGAGAAGCCUAAAUACUACACACCCCGUAAUGCAUUCCCCACACCUGCGUAUUACCCCCAGGCCCCACACCAAGUUUUGAGUACGCCUGGACUUUUUUCACAGGUCGACGUGGAAACUUUGUUCUAUGUCUUCUACUAUCACCCCGGCACUUAUCAACAAUACCUAGCCGCCAAAGAGCUGAAGAGGCAAUCCUGGCGGUUCCACGUUAAGUACAUGACAUGGUUCCAACGACACUCUGAGCCGCAAGCUAUCACCGAAGAGUACGAGCAAGGCGUUUACGUUUACUUUGACUGGGAGGGCUCGUGGUGUCAACGCAAGAAAACUGAUUUCCGGUUUGAAUACCGUUACCUGUCAGAAGAUUAGUUUACCUCGCUAUAAUCAUUGCUCUUAUCAUCAUAUCCCAUAGCUAGUGUGCGCUGUAUCUCACUUAUUCACGCCAACCAUUGUAAUUAACCUAGUUGUCUCGCAAUUACAUGUCAUCAUC